GGUUACAACAGAUUGGAAAAGCCUUUAUGUGUACCUUUGAUACAUGCUGCUGUAUAAGAGAUAAAUAGCUCUCUCUUUGCGACAGCUCCAGCCUAGCUUCUCUCCGUCUGGCUCACCAUGUGUCUCCUGUUGGCCACCGCUGUCCUCACUCUGCUCUCUACGAGCUUUGCAGGUCCCCUCCACUGUGAAGAUUCAGUCAAACAGCUCUUUCUGAAAGACCUCAAUUCGAUAAAGGGGAAAUGGAUCUUCAUUAGCGGGACAACAACUCACCAGAAAUAUGCAUCGAUAUUGCAAGUUGUGAAUAGUUCUUGGGUGGAGUUUUCACCUACAUCUCAGAAUGAAAUUUGCAUUUUCAACCAAGGGAACAUGAUAAAUGGGACGUGUCACUAUUCAUCUGCUAAUCUGACAUUUUUAAACAGUACCUUCACUGUUACCCAUGAAAAUGCAACCUCCACUGGAAUUCUUCUGCAUACCUGCCCAGACUGCCUGCUCAUGAGUUUCAUAACCUUGGACAACGGAGAGAUGAUACAGUCGUUUUAUAUUUUGGGGAGAGCUAAGAAACUGAGCAUCUCUGAUCUGGAGGCAUUCAAUAGACAAGCAAAAUGUCUGGGAUUCCCAGAGGCUCCUUUCAUGUAUGAUGGAGAGACUGAAAUGUGUCCACCAACACAAGAACACGCUACCACAGAGAAUCCGGCUAAGGUCAAAGAUGAAAGCUCCAAAUAAAUAGCUUAUUUGGAAACAUAUGAAAAUUUAGUUUGCAAAUAAAUUUCAAAAUAAACCAAGUAUACAAAAAAC